GCAAACACGGCCAUGACUGCAGUUGCCCUGGCAUACCUCGAAUGCCGCUGAAUGCUCACUAGUAGCCACACAUAUGUACUGACCCCCAUUGAACAGACCAGUAUCCAACAGAUUCCAACUUUGGUAAUUCGACAUUCGCGAAGCCACUGGUCCUUGAUAAAGCAGCCGCCCUGACCAUUCGUUAUCUCCAGGAUCGAACAACUUGGUUGGGGACGUAGCUGACUCGUGCGUAGUUCCCCUCAUACCGGACGCCUCGCAAUCGAGAGGGUCAAGAAAAGUCUCAGCACCACCGUCAAACCUUUACUAGUAGACAGAAGACAACGAUGCUCACGCUAUACUUCCUCGCUGCCAGCGUCCUGUACAUCGUCUAUGAACGAUUGACACUAUCCCCGCUCAGCAAAAUCUCGGGGCCGUCGUUGGCUGGGGCGACACGACUAGUGCUCAUGUACCAUGAGUUCACUGGCACCCGCAAGCAAUGGAUCCACGAGCUCCACCUCCGGUAUGGUCCCGUCGUACGGAUCGCUCCGGACGAGGUAUCCUUUGCGACGUGGGAUGCUGUGAAGGAAAUAUACGUCUCUGAAGGCAGCGGAUACGAGAAACCAAUUCUAUCGACUGUUCGACAACUACGGUGCAUGUUCUCCGCCGUACAAAAGGGUCCUCACGGCGAACGAAAGAAGAUAUUUGCCGAUCGGUACACCAAGUCGUACAUCAUGCAGCCCGAGGUUGUAAGCGGGAUCCAAGACCGCGCCACAGAUUUCGUCACCAAAUGCACGGAGAACCUCGGCAAAGCCGCCGAUAUCUAUAUGAAAGAAAUCGCGUACCAAACCAACCUCAUAGACUCGUACAAGGAAUACUAUCUCUCAGACUACCUCCCCAGCGAGAUCGUUCCCUUCGUAGCCAAAUACACCCGUCGGCCCCCAAGGCCUAGGCGCGUCGCGACCCAGGUCAUGAACACCGCCAGGCGCACCGACGUCGCGAGCCACACCGUCCUCGCCAAGCUCCUCGACGAGAAGCUCCCCACUAAGUCGAUCGCCUCCGAGCUCCUCGACCACACCAUCGCAGGGCACGACACGACUGGCGACGGGCUCUGCUUCCUCAUGCACGAGCUCUCCCUCCCGCGGACGUCCGCCGUCCAAGAGAAGCUGCACCACGAGCUCGCCGAGAAUCCUAGCGCGCCGAUCGACGACCUGCCCUACCUCGACGCGGUGGUGAAGGAGGGCCUGCGGCGCUUCUCGCCGAUCCCGAUGAGCUUGCCGCGCAGGGUGCCGAAGGGCGGGCGGCGGAUUGGCGACGUGUUCGUGCCGGAGAACACGAUCGUGAGCUGUCAGGCGUAUACGCUGCAUCGCCUUGACGAGAAGGUGUUCCCGGAUCCGGAGGAGUUCGUACCGGAGCGGUGGUUGGAGCCUGCGGGCGCGUUGGAGCGCAAUCAGCUCUUCUUUGCCUUCAGUACGGGUGGCAGGGGAUGCAUUGGAAAGCACCUCGCGGUGCUUGAGAUGAAGAUGCUCUUGAGAGAGGUGUAUUCGACCUGUCAUACUCGAGUUGCGCCAGAGAUGUCCGCGUCGAUGGCGCAGGAUGACCAAGUCAUCGCGUCGCGGCCAAAGGGACAGCAAUGCCUAAUAGUCUUCGAGAAGCUUGCUUAACCGAGUUCGGUCAACGGCCGUGUCCGAGACGCGCAAGAUAGGGUUGACGGAUCGUAUGUAGUAAGGGUGGUAGCCUGGACGCCUCUGUUGUACUGUAGCAUUGACAGGAAAAGGUCUUAGCCUCGAAUAACAAUAUAGUUCUCUCGCGAGGAA